UACAUUACAUUCUCAAUUGAGUUCAUCAUGGCGGAAGGUGACGACUGGGAAACUCUAGAAACGUUGCUUAAUAAAGCAACUAACCCUGCAAACCGAGAUGAUGACUGGGAGUAUAUCAUGAACUUCUGUGACAAGGUCAAUUCUGAAUUAGAAGGGGCUUUGCAUUCGUGUAGAUUGCUUGGUCAUAAGAUCCAAUCGCCUCAGGAGAGAGAAGCACUCCAGGCUCUGACAGUCAUUGAAGCAUGCGUCAAGAACUGUGGGGAACCUUUCCACAGAGAACUGGGCAAGUUCAGAUUCCUUAACGAGAUGAUUAAACUCAUCUCACCAAAGUAUCUUGGUAAUAAGACAACAGAGAAGGUGAAGAAGAAAACAAUAGAAAUGAUGUACUCCUGGCAGAAGGGUCUCCCCUAUGAAGGCAAGAUCGUGGAGGCUUAUGAUAUGCUAAAAAAACAAGGUCUUGUUAAAGAAGAUCCAACCUAUCUUGAUACAGAUUUACUACCUGCCGCUCCCCCUCCUAAAGCAGUAAUGGCUGAAUUUGAAGACGAAGAAAAAUCAAAGUUAUUAGCACGGCUUUUAAAGAGCAAGCAUCCCGAGGAUCUCCAGGCAGCCAACCGUCUCAUCAAGAACAUGGUGAAAGAAGACGAGAAACGGCUUGAAAAGGUUUCCAGGAGGACGAAUGAACUAGAGAGCUGUAACAAUAAUGUCAAACUACUCAACGAGAUGUUAGCCCAUUAUAAGGAAGGUUAUACAAGCCCAGAGGAGAGGGAACUGAUGAAGGAAUUGUAUCUCACAUGUGAAAGAAUGAGACCAAGUUUAUUUAGACUGGCUAGUGACGCUGAUGAGAAGGAUGAUUGCAUCGCUGAUAUAUUGGAGACCAAUGAUGCUGUUGUCAAGGUGAUGGAGAUGUACAAAGAGAAGUUUGGGAUUGAAGAUCUAAGUUCAUCAAAUGCUGGUGGAGCAUCGUCAAAUACAUCAAAUUCACUAGAUGGUAGCAAAUUAAUAGACUUUGCUGGUUCAAGUCCCAUCAAGCAGCAAGGUGCUUCAUCCGCGCCCUCUGACGUUACCCAGCCAGGUGACAAAAAUGAUUCAGCACAACUCUUAGAAUCACAAUUAUCUUCAUUAGGUUUAUCAUCGGAGCAGCCAGCUAAUAAAGUGGUUCAACCGACUAGCGCUUCAGACCUUGACAAGCUCCUAGGUCCUGAUCCCGCCCCAUCGUCAGUACCUUCUACCACACAGCCAUUCCCUGCAUUCAAUACUACACAAUCCCAACAAAUGACUGCACGGAUGCCAAUGUACCCUACACCACAACAGCAGCAACAGCAGCAGCUAAUGAUGCAGCAACAACAGAUGGCUCAAAUGAGGGCAUCCUCUAUAGGCAUGAUGGGAAUGCAACCUGGCUAUCCCAUGAUGCAACAGGUGCCUCCGCAUCAGCAGCAAGUUUCCAUGGCAACUAGUCAGGUGACGCCUGUAUUUCCCACACAACCUACUGCAACGGGAAGCAUCUCACAAACAGGGGCUUCUGCAUCAUCCACAACGUCAUCAUCUUCCAAUGCUCCGGCCAUUUCAUCUGAUGCCUUCGCUGAUUUAGAAUCCUUAGGAAGGGGGCUCAUCAAACCAAAGACGAAAGAAGAAACUCCUGCUCCAUCGGAUGACCAGCUGCUAUUCUUAGAUAGUUCACCCCAAAUAAAGGCCCCAGCAAAGAACCCUGAGGUACCCACCAUUACACCUACCAUCGCCCCUCCACCCCAGGCGUCGGCGCCAACGCCGCAACCUACAACUCAACCUACAACUCAGACUGUUCUCUCAUUAGCGGAUGUCUUUGUUCCACUAGAGUCGGUGCAACCAGGUUCUACACCACCGGUGACCGCCUAUGAAAAGAACAACAUCAAGACAGUAUUCCACUUCACAAAGGACUCUCCUAGGCCCGAUGUCUUGGUGGUUGUCGUCUCUACUAUGAGUACUAAUACAUCACCCAUCAAGAACCUUACAUUCCUGGCUGCUGUACCAAAAACAAUGAGAGUUAAACUUCAGCCCCCCUCAGCUACCGAUCUACCAGCUUAUAACCCCAUUCUUCCACCGUCAGCUAUCACUCAAAUCAUGUUGCUUGCAAAUCCAAACAAGGAGAAGAUACGUCUCCGCUUCAAGAUGCAAUAUACCCUCAACGAUCAACCUUUCACUGAGCUAGGGGAAGUAGAUAAACUCCCAUUUCACUGACAGUAAAUCAACGCUGCUAUUAUUUAUAUCUAAAAUAUGAAAUAUCAAUUGCAUAUAUAUCUAUACAUAUUGUACUACGAUGAGAUGAAUAUCAGUGCACAACAGUCAUGUUUUUAUCAACAAAUACUCUACAUCAGUUCAGCAUUCGUUCAUAUCUUCUAUUGGGCAGACGAAAAAUAUUUCCCGUCUCGGUGCUCUAUGUAUGGGACAGCACUUGAAGAGCGAUGUGGCAGUUUGUGUCAUGCAAUAUUCAUACCAUUGUCAAUAUCAGAAGGGGUGUGACUUGUCUUUGGGGGAGGGUGUCACUGGGCCGUGCUGGGGUUGAUUCCAUUACGACCUGCGUACUUCAACUCAAAGGCCACCGCACACCUUACGACCCGACUGGUCCGCGACUGAGUGCAGGGAAACGUGACGUCACAGCUCUUGUCAGCUUGAGAGUCGCAGACCGGUCAUAGACAAAUCGCAAGGACAGUCGUAAGGAUUUGACAUGUCGAAUCCUUACAACUGGUUCGCAAGCGCAAUCCGCCUUCCAGCCAAUCGGACAGCAGAGUCGCAACGCGUACAUGAUAUGCAACGCGCAUAUGCGGUAGUAAGCGUCGUUUUUUCAGCUGCUAUGGCAAAAAGUGCAUGCGUUAGUCGCAGACAGGAGAGUAGUCGGAGCGCAAGGUGUGUGGUUUAGAGGCUUAUGACUGCCUUGUGAUUCAUCUCCCCUCACCCAGUCGCAGACCAGCCGAAAACCAGUUGAAGCAAGCAAUGAUAUCAUGAAAAAGUUUUUAAAAUCAAAGUUAAUUGCUCCAAUAUCGUGGGAGAUCUAGCUCAGAUACACAUACAUUUUGAUCAAGCUAACUCUGUGAAAUUCAUGAAAUCUAAGCUGACAGCCAUCACGCUGAAGAUCUCCAACACAAAUAAGCACAUGUGGGACAUUGCAUUAGUAUCAUUGUUCGCAGAAAGACCCGACACCUGGCCAGAAUGUGAUGCUGUUUUGCUAAUUUCUUGGCAACCCCACGUUUUCUCGCCUGAAAAGCAGAACGAGACUACGCUCACUGCUUUUCAACGGCAACACUUGCCUGGAAUGUGAUGCGUUUUUGCUCAUCCUCAACAAUUACAUAUUUCCUACCAGAAUUACUUGGCACAUUUAUGUUUAUUACUACAUACAGACACUUGGAUAGCCAUUUUGUUGCAUUCUGUUUUAACUCAUUUUGAGAUCAUUACAUCAAUUGGCAUUUCUUUUUGUACCGCAAGAAUUAUAUACAAUUCGUUUUAACACACACAAUAAAUGAAAUGAAAUUUGCGUUUGAUAUUUAAUUUUUUAACCUCUAUCCUAAAAUUGAUUUAAAACCCGCCCUAUCGUUUUACUGUGUAUUUAGAAAACUGUUAUAUCCAAUCAUUUCUUAUGAGAAAAGCAAAAUAUUAAAAGUAAUAUAAAUUUCAAACUAUCACUUGAGUACCGGUAGGGUGAUGCCUCUUCUAGACAAAAGAAGUUCCUGCUUUUUUAACAUUUACAGCUAUGAAAAAAAUCCUUUUUUUGGGUACACAAAGGCACAUUUGAGAAGAAUUUUGUAUAUUCGUUUCAGUCUGAAGGGGUUUUCAAUUGAAAGUACUACUUUCAUCAUUCAACAGAUUUAUUGAUCAUAAUGUGUUCGGAAACAUUCAUCACUGAACACCAAAAAGUAUGACAAAUGGCCGGGUGUUUAUUUUAUGGUUAUUUCUCAAAUGAGACUAAAGAGCCGGGGUUUGUGUGUUUUGUGUUUCAUUGUGACUGUGAUUAUGUUUAGUGUAUGGAGCAUCAAAACAAUCAACCUGCAAUGCUGCAAGUUUCAGAAUAACAGUGUUCAAUGAUACUAGGUAUUACAGAUGGUCCAGAAGUCAGCAUGAAUGUACCUAGAAGCUAGUAUUAAGUUGUACUUUCAUUAAAAAAAAAGUGCUGAUUUCAGUAACCUAAAGAAAAUAUGAAAGAAUGUUUGUCCUCUGAUGUUUUUUCCUCCUGAAAUGCUCAGUUUAUCUAAAACCUAGUGGGUGUUUCAUAAAGCUGUUUGUAAGGUAAGAACGACUUUAAGAACGACUGGUGAACCUUCCUUAUGCUCUAAAUAACCACCAAUGAACAUUAAAUGGUCAGUAUUAUUUACCACAAGAAAGGAUCACCAGUCGGUAUUAGAGUCACUCUUAACUUACGACCAGCUUUAUGAAACGGACCACAGGAGCAAAAAUGAAAUAAAAUCACCCAAUACCUGUGUUCAUCUACUUGGCCACAGAUGAAUAAAAAAAAAUGUAUUGAAGGAUGUGAAGCUUAGAUCUAAAAUGUAUACAUGUAAUUCAUUUCAAUGAUAUGUUUUCUAUACCCGCUGUAUGCAUUAUAUAGGUACGCUUUAAAAUAGAAGUCCCAUGUUUUGGGGCCAAUGUGAUCACCAUUUUUGGUACAACUUUAUUUAUUUUAUUUAUUUUAUUUUCAGGCAAAAUAAUAACAAACAUGACAGAUUCAUUAUAAACAUUACAAGAGAAAUAUGAAAUUGAGCAGGAGCCAAUGCCAGGGGAUCACCUAAAAGACUUUAGAAGUUCUGUCGAGAGGUUCUCCACAUUGGCUGGUGCCUACAUAGAAUAACGUAAAAUAGAAAUAUAUGUAAACGUGUAAUUAUAAUCAGACUUCUGAAUAAAUUAAUCUUCAUUGUAAUAUGAAGAGAAACAAGAACUUUAGCAUAAUGCAAAGGAAUGAUGUAUUGAUGCAUACUCGCUAGAUCAAUCCAUGAAUGAAGGGUUAUAUAUUUACUAAUACCUAGUUCCCACUGCCACGAUUUGCGUCACGAUUCAAACGACGUACUUAAUCGUGGAGUAAUCGUAGUUAUCUUAUCAGAUCAGUCUUGGCAAUUGUAUUGAUAGUAAAAAAUUGUUUAAUGGUUCCAAAUUUUCUGUGAUCUGUUACGAAAGCCAAUUGUGGCUUUCAUAAAGGAUCGUAAAACGAUCUUUAUUAGGUAUUAGAGAAUUAGAAUUUCAAUUCAAAUAUUAUUUCACUUGACAGUAAAUAAAAAAUAAGUUUAAUGUUUACAUCAAACAUUUAAUAUAAAUAUAUGAAGUAAAUUAAUAUAUGAAUGAGGAUUAGCUGAGAAGACCAAAUAGGUACUUAUAUGUAAGUUGCCGGCCCUGAACACUAACAGAAGAAGACUCUAACAAAAUAAUUAUACAGGUCUAAAUACACUCACAUGCGCACUUGUACACACACACACUCCUAAUAAUGCUAAUAGAACUAUGAAUUUUUUGAAAGUAUAUGAUAUUUAUUCUGUUUAAUACAUGAAGAGAGGGACUAGAUCUGAUAUAUGAGGUUAUGCAGUUCCAUACUUUUGAGCCAUUUAAAUCUUAAAAGUUUUUCUUGUAUAACAAAAUACUUCAUGAAGAAAAGAAAAUAUAUUUUCAUUUCUCAUUUAAGCUUGCCACUCACGGAUUUUUUUAAUGUGAAUAAUUAUUUUUAACAUCAAGGAAAUUUUUCUUGAUGUCUUUUUGUUCCCAUUAAAAUAUCCUUAGAAUAAACAUUACUUUGUGCUACUGUGAUAUUCAAUAUUUUGAAUUCUAUCUUUCAAGCAAGAUCCAAUUGUAUAAUGUUUUGAUGAUUUCAUGCACAUAUGAAUGAAAUUUUUGAUUUUCAUCAUGCACAGCUCUGCACAAAUGACAUUUGUAGUGAAACAUUUCAUAAUGAAAUUAAGGACAUGACUUUGGUUGAGCACUUUAUACAUUUAGCAAUGUUUCUAGUGCUUACAAUGAAAAAAAAAUUAUCAUGCCAUUUAUACAACAUAUGUUGCAAAUACCUAUUCAUUACUGUACAUGUACAAUAUCAAUUUUGAAUUUGCUGAACGUUAUUUAUUGAUGGUUCCUCAUCUUGUAAGUAAUGUUAAGGGAAUGGAAGGGAUUCUAAUGUUUAAUCGUUGUUGCCAGUAUUUCUCUAUGAUCAUUCAAGGAAAAUGCCAAAAAGUGUUGAUCUUUGUUUUGUUUUUUUACACCAUAGUACUAUUCCAAUGGCUUAAAAGCCCUAUUAUGAAAUAUUUCUUUUUUGCAUUUCAGAAAAUGACUAUAACUAUACAUUUCUAGAACUUCUAGAAGUGGGUCUAGAAGUUUGAUUAGAAUAAUGAUUAAAGAAAUAUUGAAGUGCAUUCAUGACUUAAAUUCACUUCUUGAAUUGACAUUCAACUGCAUUGCAUGUUGCCUAGUUUUCCCAUACAGCAAAGCUCUGGUAAGGAGCAUAAAACACAUUAUAUGUAUAUUUGAACCAUAUGAAAAUUUUGAUUAGAUUUCAAGAGAAAUAAUUGGAAGAUGGUAUUGCUCUUUCUCUCUCUCGGCUGCUGGUUUAGAACUAAGUUUGGGCAUAAAAUAUUUAAUUUAUAGCAAAGUAUUCCUUCAAGAAUAUAGUAAUGUGUAUUUCUGAUAAUGAUAUCAUAAUAUGAUUUUGAUAUUUUGUUAUAUAUUGUUAGGUUAUAUUGUAUGAUACAAUUCAAAUGUAUGACAUUAAAUGUACACUAAAAAGUGUAUACUUCACU